AUGUACGAGAUUGUCAAAUCUGAGAGAGAUUCAGCGCAGCAAUCACUUCAUGAAGCGCGGAAGAAUUUCUCUGAAUUCCAAGCGGAUUUUCAGAAAGAAGUAAAAAGUGAUUUCGAUAAGAAG